GCAAUGGACAGACAAGCAAGCAUGUCCACUGAGUCCAUCACAGAUAUGAGGGGCCCUGCAGAAGGCUGGAUGUUCUGUGGUCAUCCGUGUGUUGAGCAUACUGUCUGGAACCCAAAGUUCUGUGUGGUCACAGACGGCCAAAUGCUGCUACUGGAUAAAGAAGAGGUCCACCCUUUGCUUCUGCAGGAGAGGAGGGCUGAUACGUGCAAAGUGCGUUUACUCAGACGUACCAUCAGUGUUCCUGUUGAGUCCCAAUUCCCAGCAUUCCAUAAUCAGAUGUCCAUAGAGAGUGAUUCUCCUCCUGAGAGAACUGGACGGAGGCGCAGCAUGCCAGGAUCCGCCCCUGACAAAGCCCCACCCACAAUGGAGCCCACAGCUGCUGCCACACCCUUCAGAGUCACAGUAAGCGCUGGUUUCCUGAGCCGCAGGUUAAAGGGAUCUAUAAAGAGGACCAAGAGUCAACCUAAACUGGACCGAAACAGCAGCUUCAAACACAUCCUGCCUGGCUUCAGACCUGUAGACAAUGACAGAUCUCAUCUGAUGCCGAGACUGAAAGAGUCACGCUCUCACGAGUCAUUGCUUAGUCCGAGUAGUGCAGUGGAAGCUCUGGACCUCAGUAUGGAGGAGGAGGUCUUUAUCAAGCCCGUACACAGCUCCAUCCUGGGCCAGGACUACUGCUUUGAGGUGAUCACCUCAACAGGCAGCAAGUGCUUCUCGUGUCGCUCAGCCGCCGAAAGGGACAAAUGGAUGGAGAACCUAAGACGAGCUGUCCACCCAAACAAGGACAACAGCAGGCGGGUGGAGAACACACUCCGGCUGUGGGUCAUUGAAGCGAAAGACCUGCCGGCCAAGAAAAAGUACUUUUGUGAGCUGUGCCUGGACGACGCCCUAUACGCCCGCACCACCUGCAAGCUAAAGGCAGACAAUGUCUUCUGGGGUGAGCACUUUGAGUUCACCAACCUCCCUGCUGUCCAAAACAUCACCGUUCACGUCUACAGAGACUCGGACAAGAAGAAGAAAAAGGACAAGAACAAUUAUGUGGGAUUGGUGAACAUCCCCGUAGAGACUGUGACUAACAGGCAGCUGGUUGAGAAGUGGUACCCCGUUAGCACACCCAACCCAGGCAAAGGGAAGGCGGCAGGCCCCAUGAUCCGCAUUAAGGCCCGCUACCAAAGCAUGAACAUCCUGCCCAUGGAGCUGUACAAAGAGUUUGCUGAAUACACCACUAACAACUACAUGCUGCUCUGCUCCAUCCUGGAACCUGCCAUCAGUGUCAAGAACAAGGAGGAAAUCGCCUGCGCCCUGGUGCACAUCCUCCAAAGCACUGGUAAAGCCAAGGACUUUCUGACUGAUCUGAUGAUGUCUGAGGUGGAUCGUUGUGGGGAGAACGAGCACUUGAUCUUUCGUGAGAACACACUGGGCACCAAGGCCAUCGAGGAGUACCUCAAACUCGUGGGCCAGAAAUAUCUUCAGGAUGCAUUGGGGGAGUUUAUAAAAGCUUUGUAUGAGUCAGAUGAGAAUUGUGAAGUGGACCCACCAAAAUGUGCACCCAAUGACCUUCCUGAGCACCAAAGCAACCUGAAGAUGUGCUGUGAGCUGGCCUUCUGCAAAAUCAUCAACUCCUACUGUGUUUUUCCACGAGAACUAAAAGAGGUGUUUGCGUCGUGGCGACAGGAGUGCGGUAACAGGGGCCGACCAGAUAUCAGCGAGCGUUUGAUCAGCGCCUCGCUGUUUUUGCGGUUCCUGUGUCCGGCCAUCAUGUCUCCUUCACUGUUCAAUCUAACCCAGGAGUACCCCGAUGACCGCACAGCACGUACCCUCACACUCAUCGCCAAGGUCACGCAGAACCUUGCCAACUUUACUAAGUUUGGCAACAAAGAGGAAUACAUGUCCUUUAUGAACCAGUUUCUGGAGCAUGAAUGGACCAACAUGCAGCGCUUUUUGCUGGAAAUCUCCAAUCCAGAAACCAUCUCCAACACGGCUGGUUUCGAGGGCUACAUUGACUUGGGCCGUGAACUUUCCACCCUGCACUCCUUACUGGCUGAGGUGGUGUUCCAAAUGGAUCAGACUGCAGCCUCAAAACUCGGUCCAUUACCCAGAAUCCUGAGAGAUGUACACACAGCACUGACCAAUCCAUCAAGUGUUCAGGUGGCUGUGCCGCCUGAGCGCAUACCUUCACCUACUACCCCCGGCUGUAGCAUCUCCACUGGUCUGCCAAAAAUGGCCAUGGACAGUGACCUGUCAGGCCUGGUAGAUUUCACCCGGCUGCCCUCACCAACACCCGAGAACAAGGAUCUCUUCUUUGUCACGCGCUCCUCGGGUCUGCAGGGCUCCCCCGCCCGCAGCUCCAGCUACUCAGAGGCCAACGAGCCUGAGUUGGGCUUAGCCAACGGCAGCAAGAGCCUGUCCAUGGUGGAUCUGCAAGAAGCCACCAAAGCUCUAGAGCUUGCACCUGCCCCAGAAGGACACGGCGAGAAGCACAUGGUGGCCUGGAAUGCCCGUACGCCCCAGGGCAACCAACUGGGAGGUCCCACGCUCCACAGGCCAGGACAGAAGCCCACCGCCUCAGGAGCAGAGGGGGUCUCGGGACGGCCAGCACAGCUUCUGGCACCGCUGUCCUUCCAGAACCCAGUGUAUCAGAUGGCAGCAGGGUUACCCCUGUCACCCAGAGGACAAACGGGUGGCGAUUCAGGCUCGGAAUGCCACAGCUCGGUCAGUUCUCACAGUAACAACGAGGAAAUGGGAGUGGCCGGGGCAGGGAAGCUUCCCUCCAGCUUCUUGAACCAUGAGGAGUUGUCCAGACACUCGGGAGAGUUCUCAAGGAGGCAGCUGUCGCUAACAGAAACGCAGCACUCCACUUCAAGUCAGCCCACUGUCCUGCGGCAAAACAGCGCCGGCCCCCAGCGGCGCAUAGAUCAACCGCCUCCGCCUACGCAAGCCACCGCUCCCCGUGGACGGACUCCACCCAACAUGCUUAACUCAGCCCCCUAUCCGCGACCUUCCAGCGGCAGCGUGAUGUCAUCAUCGCCCGAUUGGCCAGGAAGCGGGGCACGACUUCGGCAGCAGAGCUCCUCCUCCAAAGGGGACAGUCCAGAGACAAAGCAGCGGACGCAGCACAAGCAGGCCCCUUCCCCAGUGAUCCCCAGUGCACUGGACCGAACCGCUGCCUGGCUGAUGAACAUGAAUGUGCCGUACUUAGAGCAGGACUCAGAGACAGAUCCACGCAGGGAUGAGCACACACUCCACGAAAAGUACCAGGCCGAGAUAGCUGUGCUGCAGGAGAAGCUACGUGUGUCGGUGCAGAAGCUGGAGGAGUGCGACUUGCGGCUGCAGGGUCAGGAUGAACAGGCACAGAAGAUGCUGCUGGAGUACCAGACCCGGCUGGAGGAGGCUGAGGAACGGCUGCGCCGCCAGCAGGACGAGAAGGACCUGCAGAUGAAGAGCAUCAUCAGCAGGUUGAUGUCUGUGGAGGAGGAGCUGAAGAAGGAUCAUGCCGACAUGCAGGCCUUGGUUGACUCCAAACAGAAAAUCAUAGAUGCACAGGAGAAGCGGAUAGCGUCUCUAGACGCAGCCAACGCCAGGCUGAUGAGCGCUCUGUCGCAGCUGAAGGAGCGCUACAGCAUGCAGACACGCAAUGGCAUCUCCCCCACCAACCCCACAAAACUGCAGAUCACAGAGAACGGAGAGUUUCGGAACAGCUCCAACUGCUGAAGCCCAGCCUCCAGAGAUGUACGGCAUAAUCCAGACAGAAAGCACGGGGUGGAGAGAGAACACAUGGCCAAGAUGCUGAUGUAGGAAAGCGGCUGGGAAAGGCACGGGAAAUGUGUCUGUGUGGACAGUUUCUUUUUUUAUUAUUAUUUUUAUGGACUCUGGUUUUGAACAGCUGGUAAAUGAUAUUGGCUGUUCUGUGGAGCAAGGAUACGAGGUAAACCUCAAAGCUUUGGCCAUUAAGAGGCAUCCACUACUUCAGUUUAGGACAAACCACUCUCUGUACUAGAAUACAUAAAUGUAAGCAACAACUGGACUUUAAAAAAAUGAAUUACUGGGUACAUACUGUAGACGUAUAGUCGCUACAAGUCCCUCUGCAGUAACUCUAGCCUCAGAUCUCCAAAUCCACUGUUGCCCAGUGAUUAUUUUAAAAGCGUGUAUUCGUAUACAUUCAAAUAUUUGGCCCCCUUUGGUUUUGUUUUAAUAUUACAUAGAUACCAAGUUAGCAAAUGCAAAAUGCUCCCUCCUUUCAGAAAACCUAGCGCUCUCUUGCAUCCUUUCUUGCACCCACGUCUGCUGCACUUUCUGUAACUGCUCCAGCUCCCCACACAGUGCACUUUGUAAGCUCUUCAACAUAAAAAGCCUUAAAAAUGGAAUGCAGCUCCUUUAUCCCCUUAAUCAGUUUCCCUAAAAUUAAAAUCAACACUUUUGCUGGACCUUUUUCAAACAUGUUUACAAAGGCAUGUCUACAAGGAGUGAAGCAUUAAACCUUGUAUUAGCAAAUAUGUGUGUACACACACACACACACACACACACACACACACACACACACACACACACACACACACACACACACACACACACGCACACACACAUUAGAGCCUAUUUUCUAGUUUCCAUUUUAGUCAGUUGACACUCCCUGAGACAUUGUUAAUGGCCUUUUUGAAAGAGAGUAUACAGAGUGUGCACUUGGUUCCAGUCUUAGGUUAUAAUACAUUAUUUAUUACAGUUUACACUUACACAAGCACCUGCAGAGUCAUGGUGAAGUUAUUGUCUUGAUGCAAUUUACCAUGGAUGAGUGUGUUAAUUUGGUCUGGAAUUUCCCCAUUUUAAUCAGCACAAACUGCAGAUAUAAAGCAGUAUGAAUAUUAUUAAUUCGGUAGCGCACACAGACACAUGAAUUAACUUCAUUGUAAUUCUGCUUUGGUAUUUUUCAUAUUUAACCUCAUAUUAUAAAACCUUUCUAAAACUUGUGGAAAGUCUUUCGAGCUUAAUCACUUUCUGAGCCUUCAAUAUUGAUGUUUCCCACUUUGUUGCUUCUUUCUUCGAAGGCAGUGCCAGCUGUCCACACCUUUGUUUAUAUGCAUGCCAUUCUCACCGACCCAGAAGGUGAAGUUCGUAUACAAGCAUAGAGAGCUUGUUUAUUUUUGUAUUUCUGUUCUUACCUACAAAAGGAGCCACCUGCAUUUCUCAUACCUGGCACUACAGUAAGAUGCAAUGCUGCAGGUCUGAUUUAGCUGUUUUGCCAAUAAGGAGUGAGAGAUUUGACUGCAAAAAAAAAAUAAUAUAUAUAUAUAUAUAUAGUGCAAUGCAUAAGCAUUGAGUCUCGGGACAUAGUAAUCAUUUUUACUGGGUAUCAGUGAUGAAUUCUGCUGUAGCAAGACAAGGUGCGUCCUGUAAAUAUUAUAUAAAAGAAAAUUAAAUAUAUAUAUAUGUACACACACACAUACACACACAAACCUUUUCAUUUCAACGUGUUCUGCUGAUUUAGGACUUUAGAGAUUACAUUUAUUAUGAUGUUUCUGCUGUUUCAGUGCAAUGUCCAUUAUGAAUCAAAUAGCCAGUCUUGAAUGACACUGUCCCAUUGAUUCAUUAUAAUCAUUCUGGUCAGUAAAGCAAAAGAAGUAGGGGCUGUAGUUCAUCUAGAGCUGUUAAAGCACAAACUCUAAACCUUCAACAUGCCCUAUUAAAUGCCUGUUGAGCCUAUGCACUUUUUAUUGUAACUAAAUUCAGCUUCCCUUAUGUGAGGAAUUUACUUCCCCAAACUGAAAUCAGUUCAGAAACCCAUAUUUGUCCCUCACUGAUAUGAGGCAGUGGUCCAUUGCUUAGUUUUAAAAUGAAACAGCCAAUCCAUUUGGUAAGAAUCUUUUAGCUUCUGUUUUGACUCAUACCCACGUCAUGACCAUGUUUAAGUAGCCAAAUCCAGGUGCUCAUCUGUGGGUCAGUGAACUACAAUCUUAGCACUUUACUGAUUCUGUUCAAUUUGGUGCUUAAUUCUCACAAAUGUUAGCGAAUUUGUAGCCUAAGACACCAUGAGUGAAUAUGUGCUGCAGUUGCUUUUCAUUGCACCAGUAUUUAAUAUUCAAAGUGGUAGCAUAAAGGAAUCACGCAUUUCAGGAGUUUUCAGUUGCGCGCAUCCACCCGAUCACCAAAGCCCAGUCAAAUGAAAAGCUAUUCUGAAUCGUCACGUUUCCAAGAAUGAACGAGUAAGUGUGGACUGAUUCUCAUCAACUGUACAGAACAGCAUACAAAGAAGAGUAUUUGCUGAUGUCUCAAGGUUCUUUCUGACAGACUGACGUCUUUAUUCAGCAUAUUUUCAGCUCUAGAACAUCAAAAAAAAGGAAAGAAAAAAAAAAGCUGUCACAGUGGCACACACUCUUACUCAGUUCCCGUUCUCAGCAGUCAGUGUGGUAUAUUAGCUUUGUCAAAAGACAUUCAUCUAUAACUGAAUAUGAAAAUGUGUUGUAUGUUUUAUAAUCCUUGUAGAAAGGAGUUUUGUAAGUAUGUUUAAAGUAAAGUAUUGGCUGGACUCUGGCUUCUUUUGAAGACGAGAUGAGAACAAUAAUGUACAGAGAGAUAUGUCCAUGUUAAGAACUAUGAAAAUGUGGCUGUGCAAUUUAUGUAAAUUUGCAACUAGGAUAAUUAAAAAUUUAUUUAGCUAUUUUA